UCCCUUCAUGCGUCAGAAGCUGUUGAUUGGUUAACCGCGUUGCCAAGCUCCCGACGCGGUCCCGGCAUUGGAGGGCGCGGGCCCGCCCCCGCUGGUUAGGUGAAGGUGAGUGUCUCCUCCAGCCUACGCUGCCAGACCUGAGCGAGUGGCUGCCGGCAGCUGGUCAGGCUUUUUGCGGUCUCUGCUCUCCCGCCAUGUCGUCUUCAUCCAUCUUUGCCGAGGUUCCGCAGGCUCAGCCGGUCCUCGUCUUUAAGCUCACUGCUGACUUCCGGGAGGAUCCGGACCCCCGCAAGGUCAACCUGGGAGUGGGAGCUUACCGCACAGAUGAUUGCCAGCCCUGGGUGCUUCCUGUAGUGAGGAGAGUGGAGCAGAAGCUUGCCAGUGACAAUAACCUAAACCAUGAGUACCUGCCGAUCCUGGGCCUCUCAGAGUUCCGAACAUGUGCUUCUCGCCUUGCUCUUGGGGAUGACAGCCCAGCUCUCCAGCAGAAACGGGUAGGAGGUGUGCAGUCUUUGGGGGGAACUGGAGCACUUCGAAUUGGAGCUGAGUUCCUAGCGCGGUGGUACAAUGGAACCAACAACAAGAACACGCCUGUCUAUGUGUCCUCACCCACCUGGGAGAAUCAUAAUGGCGUAUUUGCUGCCGCUGGAUUUACAGACAUUCGUUCCUAUCACUACUGGGAUGCAGCGAAGAGAGGACUUGACCUCGAGGGUUUCUUGAAUGAUCUGGAGAAUGCUCCGGAGUUCUCCAUUUUUGUGCUCCACGCCUGUGCACACAACCCAACAGGGACUGACCCAACUCCUGAGCAGUGGAAGAAGAUUGCCUCUGUCAUGAAGCGCCGUUUCCUGUUCCCCUUCUUUGACUCAGCCUAUCAGGGCUUUGCAUCUGGAGACCUGGAGAAAGAUGCCUGGGCCAUUCGCUAUUUUGUGUCUGAAGGAUUUGAGCUCUUCUGUGCCCAGUCCUUCUCCAAGAACUUCGGACUCUACAAUGAGCGAGUGGGGAACCUGACCGUGGUUGCCAAAGAAUCUGACAGCAUCCUGCGAGUCCUUUCUCAGCUGGAGAAGAUCGUGCGAAUCACUUGGUCCAACCCCCCAGCUCAGGGGGCACGGAUUGUGGCCUCUACCCUUUCUAAUCCCGAACUCUUUAAAGAAUGGACAAAGAAUGUGAAGACAAUGGCUGACCGGAUUCUGACCAUGAGGUCUGAACUCAGGGCGCGAUUAGAAUCCCUUAAGACCCCUGGAACCUGGAACCACAUCACUGAGCAGAUUGGAAUGUUCAGCUUCACUGGACUGAACCCCAAGCAAGUUGAAUAUCUGAUCAAUGAAAAGCAUAUCUAUCUGCUGCCAAGUGGCCGGAUCAACAUGUGUGGCUUAACCACCAAAAAUUUAGAUUACGUGGCCACCUCCAUCCAUGAAGCUGUCACCAAAGUCCAGUGAAGAAGCACCCCUGCUCUCAAACCAGCACCACCAAAGUCGUUCCUGCCACAUGUGUCCCCUGCCUGCACAAAGCUAGUUGUAUACAUCAUGGAUUAGCAACUAUUGAAGGACUGGGAAGGCUUCCCUGGGUAGGUGGCCUCUGCUGAAAUUGGCCCCACAUGAAGAGAACACCCCUUCAAAAGAAAUGGGGGCCUGGGAUUAGAGGAGUGGUUUUGGAUCCCAGAGCAAAUCAAGGUUUUUAUUUAAGAAGAAUAAAAAGGUACUUUAAUCAUGAGAUGUAGAUAUCUUGGACACUCCCCUCCAUCCCUACUAGCAGCUGGAAUAUUGCUUGAUUCCAUUCAAAGUCUAACCCCCAAAAUCAAGUUGCCUGAAGAGCCAAGUGUCACUGUGGGUGUUGGCUGUAUCAUUAAAAAUUGUGAUUUCCA